CAUUUUCAAAACAUGACGCAGAGGUUGCAAAUUUUAAACACGAUGAUAAUGAUUCGACUGACAUCGUAAUGUUUAGUGAGGUCGAAGUGAGGAAGACUUAAAUUGGGAAAAAGAAGAACUCAAAUUGCAAUGUACUUAAUUAAUGAAAUAUAAUGCCUAUGACCUAUUGAAUUGUAAAUCUAUUUAGAGACAGACAGGAUGAUUUUUAUAUAGUACUUAGCUGAAAACACAGAUAAACUUAGCAUCAUUAUCAUGUUAGUGUCAUGUACCUAAUUGCUGUGUACCACGCGAGAUGGGUGAGCUUCCGCCGCGGGAGGAGGCCCGGGCCGCUCCGGGGCGCUCAGGGCCGUCUGUCGCCGCUGCGAGGUUGCGAGUGAAAGGGUGUGCCCCGCCAGACGUAUAAAAGCAAAAAGCACUCCUCAUCAGACAUCAUUCACCAUCUCCGAUCAACACACAACACACAAUGGCAUUCAAGUUUGUGGCCCUCGCGUGCUUGAUGGCGACCGCCAGCGCCGGCGUAGUCCCCGCCGCCCCAUUGGCAUACGCCGCCGCCCCGGCCUAUCAUGCCGCCCCAGUGGCAUACGCCGCCCCUGUAGCUAAGGUGGCCACUCCCGUAGCCUACUCCGCGCCCGUGGGAUACGCCGCCCCUGUGGCCAAGGUUGCCGUAGAAGAAUACGACCCCCACCCACAGUACACCUUCGCGUAUGACGUGCAGGAUGGUCUCACUGGGGAUUCCAAGACCCAGCAUGAAAGCCGUGACGGAGACGUAGUCCGUGGCUCAUACUCAGUAGUGGACCCUGAUGGCACCAAGCGCACCGUGGAGUACACCGCCGACCCGCACAACGGCUUCAACGCGGUCGUGCACAGAGAGCCGCUCGCGCACGUCGCUAAGGUGGCUGCUCCCGUGGCCUACGCCGCCCCCGUCGCCAAAUAUGCCGCUCCCGUCGCGUACGCCACCGCGCCAGUGGCGCAUGCCGCCCCCAUCGUGCACGCCGCCCCUGUUGCCAAGCUUGCCGCACCCGUCGCCUACGCUGCCCCUGCCUACUACCACCACUAACUUGAUGCCAAAACAUAGGAGUAAAUAAUUUUAAUUCAAUGUAUUUAUUUUUAAAUAAGUACGUAAUAUUUGGUAAAAUGCCUAUUGGUUACAUAAGAUAAGCUA